AUGGAAAGCAGAGAAGACACAGUUAGAGUGAAAGAAGAACCGUAUCAUACUUGGCCAGAUGCAGGUCAUGAUGAUAAUUUCGAUUCCACGGACUAUCGUGAUGUCAACAAAUUUGAAACAUUGCCGUUUCAUGAACUAUCGAUAAAACACGAGAAUAGAACGGUGGCGUUACAGGAAAAAUUAGAUGAAAAAAUAUUCAUCGAUGUGGAAUGCAAAUAUGUUAAACCUGAACUGCCAUCUCUAUCAACAAUCAACUGUAAAACUGAGGAUCAAAGUUACGUAUCUACUGUGAAAAUUGAAAAUCUUAUUCAGACCAAUUACUCUCAUGACAAAAUACCAAUAAUUUCAAUAAGAAAAGGUUUCGACUAUAAUAAUAACUGUCAAUUCUCUGUGAAAAUUCAAGGGAAGCCCCGAUUGAAGCUUGAAGGAUCCGAGAAGGAAAAACCGUUUGUAAAAAGAACUCAAACAAAUUUAACUCAUAACUACAAUCUAUGUCUAGAAACUUGCAAAGGAAAAGCGAAUCUGAACACACAUAAGAAUACGGCACAAAAGAACAUUAAAUCGUAUCAAUGUGAAAUUUGCCACAAAUCAUUUUUACACCAAAAAACACUGGACAAGCACAUGAACUCAGUACAUAUCCAUAACAAAGCCUUCGAGUGCGAGAUUUGUCACAAAUCUUUUGGAGAAAAGGGUUCCCUUAAAGAACACGUAAAUGCAGUACAUUGUCACAGCGAACCAUUCGAAUGUGAUAUUUGUCAUAAAUCAUUUGUACACCAGUAUAAACUCAAAAGGCACAUAAAUACAGUACAUGAUCAGAUCAAAGCGUUCGAAUGUGACAUUUGUCAAAAAUCAUUUGGACGAAAAAGUUACCUCAAUCUUCACAUCAAUACAAUCAUUUAA